AUGUCUGAAGCUGCGGGACCCUCGGAGAAAGCAGCCAAUGUGAGGCUACACUCGCAGGUGGAAGAGGAUGAACGGGAAGCUGACAACUCAUCCUCUGACGAUGACUACGGCCCUGCUCUUCCUUCCGGUCCAUUGAAGAAGAAAAAGCGGAGAGAACUACCCUAUGAGAAACUCUAUAUCAAGGCCCUGCCAGCUUCUCCACGAUACUCUAAAUCGUUGAUGCACCGGGAUCAACUCGCGUAUGUGACUGUGACACCACAUACCGAUUUCAUCAUCACAAGCUCAAUAGAUGGCGUGGUCAAGUUUUGGAAGAAAAUGGCUGUUGGUAUGGAGUUUGUGAAGGAGUUCCGUGCCCACAUGGGAGAGAUCAAGGGGGUCAGCGUGACAUCAGACGGACGAAGUUUUGCAACCAUCGGGGGCGACAAGACUAUGAAAGUAUUUGAUGUGAUAACAUUCGGUAUAGUGUCAUCUUCAUCACUUGCAAGAUACUCUUGGCUAACCAGAGCGCCCGUUAUUUCCAUGGCCUUUAACAAUGCAUUUAAUUGCGUUAUAUCUGUUGAUAAUAAAGGAAUGGUAGAAUACUGGCGUCCAGAUGACCCAUUUGACAAACCGGAAGGCGUAUUCGAUUUGAAAUCAUCGACAGAUCUCUUCAUAUUCAAAAAGUCAAAAUCGUUGCCAUCGUCAAUCUCAAUAUCUCCAUCGGGCCACCAAUUUGCAACAUUCUCGUUCCCGGAUAGGCAAGUUCGAGUCUUCGAUUUUGCCUCUGGAAAGCUAUACCGAUCGUACGAUGAAUCCAUUCAAACUGUGACAGAGAUGCAGCAGGCAGGGACUGCGCUUCAAAAACUAGAGGAAGUCGAGUUUGGCCGCCGGUUGGCUACAGAACGCGAACUUGGGAACCCUACUACAGCCCCAAAGGUAAAUGUGAUAUUCGAUGAGUCUGGGCAUUUUAUAUUAUAUGGUUCGAUCUUGGGUGUAAAAUGUAUAAAUACAUUUACGAACAGGGUCAUCCGGGUGUUUGGAAAAGACGAGCCUUUCCGAGCACUGAAUCUCGGAAUAUAUCAAGGCCAGCCGCAGAAGAAAGGAGUUGUGACUGUUUCUAUGGCUGCUAGUUCAAAUCCGCUCCUUCAAGAAGCUGAAGAGCGCGACCCGAUCCUAAUAACCACCGGGUUCGCCAAAGUCAGGUUCUAUCUCUAUACCAAUGAAACAGAGAUAUCAAAAACAACGCGAGAUGUCCAGAACGAGAAGCCGAUACAUGACAAAGGUGGUGCGGACACGACGCCGGCCGCAAAGCCUGCAGAAACAGGAACGUCCGCAAUUUUACAUACCACCCUUGGAGAUAUCCAUCUUCGGCUCUUCCCUUCUGUUGCUCCAAAGACAGUCGAGAAUUUCGUUACCCAUUCGAGGAAUGGGUACUAUAACAACACCAUAUUCCACCGUGUCAUCCGCAAGUUUAUGAUACAAGCGGGUGAUCCUCUUGGGGAUGGGACUGGAGGAGAAUCCAUCUGGGGAGGGGAGUUCGAAGAUGAAUUUUCAUCUCUCAAGCAUGACAAGCCAUAUACACUUUCCAUGGCCAAUGCAGGGCCAAACACCAAUGCAAGCCAGUUUUUCAUCACAACGGAGAAGGCGCCUUGGUUAGAUGGGAAUCAUACCAUUUUCGGUCGGGCCGUCAAGGGCAUGGACGUGAUACAUAAGAUCGAGAACGUCAAGACACAUAAGGAGAAACCUGAAGAAGAUGUAAAGAUUGUCAGCAUUAGUAUCAGCUAA